UUCAAAUCUUUACCAUCACUUGCCCUUCUAUCUCCGCCUUCUCUCUCUGCAGGAAACUUUAUUUCCUACUUCUGCACACCAAGUUUCUACCUCUAGAUCUGAGGUUUUCAUUGCUGAGAAGCCUGAGAUAGCAGUGCUACCAAGAAAUCAUCCCUGAAACAAGGGAAAUGGAAGAAAGUGAUAUGUUACCUCAGAUCAUUCAUAGCAUACUAUCAACAUCUCAUUCUCUGUUUCCAAGAAGUAUCCAAGGACUUGAUGAAGAUGUCACCACACCUUAUGACUAUGACAAUGGUGAGCCAUGUCAUAAAUACAACGUGAAGCAGAUGGGUGCCAGGAUCCUGCCCCCACUCUACUCUCUGGUAUUCAUCUUUGGUUUUGUGGGGAACAUGUUGGUCAUUCUCAUUUUGAUAAGCUGCAAGAAGCUGAAGAGCAUGACUGACAUCUACCUGUUCAACCUGGCCGUCUCUGACCUGCUCUUCCUGCUCACUCUCCCAUUCUGGGCUCACUAUGCUGCAAAUGAGUGGGUCUUUGGGAAUAUAAUGUGUAAAUUACUCACAGGACUCUAUCUCAUUGGUUAUUUUGGUGGAAUCUUCUUCAUUAUCCUCCUGACAAUUGAUCGAUACUUGGCUAUUGUCCAUGCUGUGUUUGCUCUGAAAGCCAGGACAGUCACCUUUGGGGUGAUUACAAGUGGAGUCACUUGGGUGGUGGCUAUGCUAGCCUCUCUCCCAGGAAUCAUAUUUACUAAAUUCAAAGAAGAAGAUAGUAAUAAAACCUGUGGUCCUUAUUUUCCAUCAGUAUGGAAGAACUUCCAUGCAAUAAUGAGGAAUAUCUUGAGUCUGAUCCUGCCCCUACUUGUCAUGGUCAUCUGCUACUCAGGAAUCCUCCAUACCCUGUUUCGCUGUAGAAAUGAGAAGAAGAGGCACAGGGCUGUGAGGCUCAUCUUUGCCAUCAUGAUUGUCUACUUUAUCUUCUGGACUCCCUACAACAUUGUUGUCUUCCUGAACACCUUCCAGGAAUUCUUGGGACUGAGUACCUGUAUGAUUUCCAAUCACUUAGACCAGGCCAUGCAGGUGACAGAGACUCUUGGAAUGACACACUGCUGCAUCAACCCUGUCAUCUAUGCCUUUGUUGGGGAGAAGUUCCGAAGGUAUCUCUCCAUAUUCUUCAGAAAGCACAUUGCUAAACGUCUCUGCAAACAGUGCCCAGUUUUCUACAGAGAGACAGUGGAUCGAGUGAGCUCAACAUACACCCCUUCCACUGGGGAACAAGAAGUCUCAGUUGGGUUGUAAAGCAAAGGGGCAGUUUGCUUUAUUUUUUUUCUAUUUUUUUUUUCUAAUCAGGGUACAAGGAACAGUUUGUAUAUGGUAACAAGCUUCAAAGUUAGUGAAUCUCACACCUUUGGGUCUCAACCCCUUGGGGGCCUAGAAGGUCCUUUCAGAGGGGUUGCCUAAGACCAUCAGAAAAUGCAGAUAUUUACAUUACAAUUUAUAACAGUAACAAAAUUACAGUUAUGAAGUAGCAAAAAAAAUUUAUGGUUGGGGAUCACCACAACAUGAGGAACUGUAUUAAAGAGUCACAGCAUUAACAAGGUUGAGAGCCACUGCUCAAAGAUACAUUGAAGAAUAGGUGUCCAGGAACCUUAGGAUUAUGCCAAGACAGAACUACAUCACUUCUUGUACAUAUAAUACAUGCUCAGGAAACAUUCUAGAAUAAAUGUUGGUAGAAUCUUCAGCUUUUCAGUGAAGUCUUCUCUGCCUCUAGGAAGAGCCUUAUUUUCUUGUGGUAAUACUAUUUUGCCAGUCUUGACUCUGUUUCUCCCUGCUUCUAACAAGAUGAGCUUGGAAUGAACAGGAAGAAGGGUGUGAGGAUAAGAAAGAUGAGACAAGCAUUGUUGAUUCUGGAUGGAGAUGAAAGGGAGCAGGAGCCCUUUUCAUUUGGAAAGAAAUGUCCUGGUCUUUGGCUCCAUCUCCCACCUGUAUUUAAUGGUGAAGGCAUUAUCAGGUUGAGGAAAAUCUGGGAACUGUAACAGUUUGUUGGGAACUUUAUUUGAGUCCCCUGAUUCUUUUAUACAUAACUGCAUUGCACAUUUUUACUUUGUUAUUUUUACUAUGAAAACAUGGAAAAACUUUCCAAUAUCACACUCCAUUGCUUACGUGUUUCUCAAGCCACAACUCCUUAAAUAAUAUUUAUAAAAUUAUUGUUUAUAAAAUAUGCUUCAUCUCCCCAUGGUCUUUAUUUUCUAACUUCCAUACUUCAAACAUCAGUGGGCCAGAGAAAAGUGUAUUUGAAACAGCCAAGCAUGAGCUCCUGGACAGUCCCAGGAGAGAAAAAGCACUGAGUAUGUUUUGUGGUUAAAGAAAGGGAUGGAUACCGCAGGAACAGAAGCCCUUGUUUUGGAUUUAUACUCCUACCUUAGGAACAUAUCUUAAUUACCAGGCAGGAUAAGCCUAUAUAAAAAGAGAUUAUAGAUAGAGUGAGAAGAAAUGUCAUAGACUAUCUUCUAGUGCCUUAUUUUUGGAUACAAAUGUAAUUCAAAGAGUUUUUUAAAAAAUCAAAAAUAGAAAAAAAUAAAAUCAAGACUGGAAACGUUAACUUUUAAAUGCUACGAAAUACCUCUGUAAGAGUUCUUACCUUGCUAGCCUUGAAUGUAUUGCAUUAGUUGUAGAGAAAAUUCCGGCAUUGAGUAUAAGGGCUGACAUAACAACUCUGGAUUGGCAGGGCCUUGAGUCUGUGAUCUGUGGACUUACCCAGCUACGGUUAUAUAGAGUCUAAGCCGUCGGGAACCCAGCAUAUGCUACACAGAGGCUGUCAGCAGUGCACUUGUUCUCUCAGCCUUGUUUUCUCCAAACUUCUUUGUAUUAUUCUUCCUGGAUGUGCUAAUGAUGAUAGAUUGUCCUGCCGGUGAGUAGGAGCUCCCGAGUCAAGUCAGUUCUCAUCAAAGCUUUAACAAUUUAAUUUACAAAGGAGAAGAAUUAGAUGAACUCCUUCUCAUAUGAUAAAUAUCUCCCCUGAAUGAACCAAGAAUGCUUUUCCCUAUCCCAUAUUGUUUUUCUCAUCUGGCAGAGAAGCAAACAAAGAAACAGACAGCAUGGAAACUGGAAGUUUUGUGGUUUGGCUUUGUUAUCACAUGAUGAAAAAAAGUUUCUCAAAGAAGUGGGGGAUAAGAGUAUUACCUUCAGAUAUCCUAAUAGUUUCAUUUUUGUGAUGAUGAUAUGUAAAUAUAUUUUAAAUCCUAUGAUUUAAGAAAUAAAUAAAUGUUCUGUCUAUAUUGCUAGAAAUAUUAAAAAGAAA